UCCGCUCGGGGUGCCCCGCCCGGCUGGGGACGCUCGUGGCCAAGGCGCAGUGGGAUGCCAAGCCCCGUGCCUGGGGUGGUGCCCGGAGCACGCAGCGCCCGCGCCCACCUGCUGCAGCUCCGGGCCUGACCAUGACCGUCACCUACUCACACCGAGUGGCCAACGCCCGCCUGGGCUCCUUCUCCCGCCUGCUGCUGUGCUGGCGAGGCAGCAUCUACAAGCUGCUCUACGGCGAGUUCCUCAUCUUCCUGCUCAGCUACUACACCAUCCGCUUCAUCUACAGGAUGGCCCUCACGGAGGAGCAGCAGCUGCUGUUUGAGAAGCUGACCCUCUACUGCGACAGCUACAUCCAGCUCAUCCCCAUCUCCUUCGUGCUGGGCUUCUACGUGACGCUGGUGGUGACCCGCUGGUGGAGCCAGUACGAGAACCUGCCGUGGCCCGACCGCCUCAUGAACCUGGUGUCGGGCCUCGUGGAGGGCGAGGACGAGCACGGCCGGCGGCUGCGGCGGACGCUCAUGCGCUACGCCAACCUGGGCGGCGUGCUCACCCUGCGCGGCGUCAGCGCCGCGGUCUACAAGCGCUUCCCCACCGCCCAGCACCUGGUGGCCGCAGGCUUCAUGACCCCCGCGGAACACAGGCACUUGGAAAAACUGAGCUUGCCGCACAACACGUUCUGGGUGCCCUGGGUGUGGUUUGCCAACCUGUCAAUGAAAGCUUGGAUCGGAGGUCGAAUCCGGGACCCUGUCCUGCUCCAGAGCCUGCUGACCGAGAUGAACACCUUGCGUACGCAGUGUGGACAACUGUAUGCCUACGACUGGAUCAGUGUCCCGCUGGUGUACACGCAGGUGGUGACCGUGGCGGUGUACAGCUUCUUCCUGGCGUGCCUGAUUGGGCGGCAGUUCCUGAACCCAGCCAAGGCCUACCCUGGCCACGAGCUGGACCUCGUUGUCCCCGUCUUCACAUGCCUGCAGUUCUUCUUCUACGCUGGCUGGCUGAAGGUGGCAGAGCAGCUCAUCAACCCGUUCGGAGAAGAUGACGAUGACUUUGAGACCAACUGGAUUGUGGACAGGAGCUUGCAGGUGUCCCUGCUGGCCGUGGACGAGAUGCACCAGGACCUGCCGCCCGUGGAGCGGGACAUGUACUGGAACGACCCGGAGCCACAGCCCCCCUACACGGCCGCGUCCGCCCAGUCUCGCCGACCUUCCUUUUUUGGCUCCACCUUCAACAUCAGUCUGCACAAGGAAGAGAUGGAGUUCCAGCCCAGCCCGGGGGAGGCCAGGGAGGAGGGCGCGCACGCUGGCAUCCUCGGCCGCCUCCUGGGGCUGCAGCCCCCCCACGCCCCCACCAGGACGAGCUCCAAGACCAAGCUACUGCUGCCCAGGAAGGAAGGCCUCCGCCCUGAGGGCCAGCCCGAGCAGCUCCGGGGUGCCAGGAAGUGCUCCGGGGACCCGGAAGACAGCGAGGCCUGCAAGCUGAGGGGGGAGGAAGCCUUUGAGCCCCCUGCACUGUAUGGGAGGUCCGGCUACCACAGUGCCCCGCCGACGCCGCUCAGCCCCACCCCCAUGGUGUUCCCACCAGGACCCUCGGCGCCCUCCAGUCUCCGCAGAGGCCCCGGCGUCCUGGCAGACCAGAGCCCGCAGCCUGGGGCGCGAGGGACCAGGAGGAGCUUGGCGCUGCUCCCAGAGUGUGCAGGGGCCUCGAUGGAGCCCCUGGAAUUGUGUCACAUCAAGAGGAAAACUGUGGAGUUUAACCUGACCGACACGUCAGCGGCCCCCGAGAGGCAUCUCCGAGAGCCACAUACACGAUCGACGAGCAGCAUCCACACGGCACUCACAGACCACGGUCCCUACUGGGCCUUGGAAAGCAGGGACGAAGCACACUCCUAGCCCGUCUCCCCAGGGGCGGCGUCACGGCCUGGUCCCAGCCGUGUGUACACCAGCGGGACCCUGACCCAGUCAGACAGACAGCUGUCCACACGGACGUUCCCGACAGCCUGAAUCAAAUGGUUAGCUCAAUGGAGAACGAGAACCCUUAGUUUCAGGGCUAAGCCUUUAAAUGCCUCUUGCACAUAAAAAUAACGAAAGCUAGAAUGAGCCACUAGAAACAUGUAAUUCAGGACCAGGAGUCCCAGAGUCCUAUCCGAAUUCCACACCCCCACGCCUUGGCAUCUUUCACAAACUCAGGAGU